AAUCCUUGUGCUCCCGCGGCUGGUUGUUGAUACGUUGCCCAGCAACCGAUUCCUAGAAGCGAAUUGGUGUUAGAAACAGGCAUAUACUUCCCCCCCUUCCCCUCCUCCUCUUCCUCGAAGCCACGCAGGAGCCUUCCCAGGGGUAAACCAAGGGGUGAAAGGAGCAAAUACAAAGGGACGAAAAUUAGGAAUAUAAUUUUUUUUUGGCUCCAAGGUAGAGGGGGGGGGAAUCUGUUUUCGUAUCCAAAUAGUUUCCUUUUAAAAUCCCGACCACCAAUCCCACGUGCAGCAGCAAGCAGCCUCCGGAGAAGAUGGUGGCGGAAAAAGAGGGUGUAAGCCCCCCCAAACUGAGACCCCAGCAGCUGCAGGAGCCGCUGCGACACGCAAGAAGAACCAAGAAGCAGGUCAGCGAUGGAUUCACCAUCAAAGCAAUGAUGAAAAAUACCGUGGUGAAGGGUCCUCCAGCUGCAGGAGCGUUUAAAGAAAGACCAACAAAGCCCACAGCAUUUCGCAAGUUUUACGAACGAGGUGACUUCCCAAUUGCCCUUGAGCAUGAUACAAGAGGAAACAAAAUAGCCUGGAAGGUAGGUUCAGGGCACAGCUGUGACAGGCAGCUGCACUUAUUGAAGUGACAAAUGUCAUUGCCCAAACUGUUGGUUUAUAAGUAAAUAAAGUGAAGUAAUUUCUUAGCAAAAAGAAGACGGUGGGGAAAACAAGUCAGAGACCGGCCUCCUGAGUCAGCCAUCUACCUUGGCGAACAAUUAAAUUAUAUGCUGCAAAAAGGAAGUUGACAGAAUUGCUUUACCUUAGAGAACUGUCUCCUGCUCAAUUCAUCUCUAUUUUUAUGAGGACCUGGCAACCCAGCCUAUUCCAGGCAGUCCAUCAAGUGAUGGAAGUGGCUGGAUACAGUGAGCAGCAGCAGCCAUUUAUCUUUCUCCUCUCCCCCCCACCUCCCCAAUUUCACCUUCCUGCAGGACAGUUCCAAAUGGAAGCUUUAAUUACCUAAAUGGAUAGGUCAAGAUUGCCUGCUCCUUUGAAAUGCAGAGCAGAAUACUAACGAAGGCAGAUUCUCAUUCCAGGGCUUCACUCCCAGGCUGCAGCAUAUGUCAGACAGCGUAAUCGCUGUCAUACAUGCCCCUGUUAGAGGCUGACCUCCACUGCUGAAACCAUUAUGGCUCUGACAUCUCUGACAAAAGGUUAAUUGGCUUCAAAAUAAAUGUAUUGCCUAAUGACUUCAUUCAAAUGCAGCCGUGUUUCUCUCCAAAAGGCUCAGUGAUGUUAUUUGUAAAACUUGCCAAUCUUUGAGGUAACUAGAGCAGGCUUUUAAAUUUAAUUUGAAAAAUGAAUGCUGAUCUUUAACCUGCUCUUUCUAUUUAAUUAUUUUUGUUAUCAAAGAAUGAAUUUCUCUCUUUGUGCAUAU